UUAUUUUUUUCUGUAAAAUUUCUCUGGCUAUUUUUUUAAGUAGCUGGUUUUCAGAAAAUGGUCAAGGGCACUCCUGUGUUGAAACCUGUAUUCGUUCCCACACUAUUCCCAUGGUCUCCAAUACUUCUCACCUAUUUCCCUUAAAUAUUUUUAUUUUCUAAGAAAGAGUACCUAACAAGAUUCCUCGCCUCCACUGUGAUAACUCUGGUACUCUACCUUGUAAAUACUGUUAUUUGUAUAUACUGUAAAUGAUGACGUCGGUGGGCACUAACCGAGCCCGGGGAAACUGGGAACAACCUCAAAACCAAAACCAGACACAGCACAAGCAGCGGCCACAGGCCACUGCAGAACAAAUUCGACUUGCACAGAUGAUUUCGGACCAUAAUGAUGCUGACUUUGAGGAAAAGGUGAAACAAUUGAUUGAUAUCACAGGCAAGAACCAGGAUGAAUGUGUCAUUGCUUUGCAUGACUGCAACGGAGAUGUCAUCAGAGCCAUCAACGUACUGCUGGAAGGAAACCCAGAUACGCAUUCCUGGGAGAUGGUCGGGAAGAAGAAGGGAGUCUCAGGACAGAAGGAUGGUGGCCAAACGGAAUCCAACGAGGAAGGCAAAGAAAAUCGAGACCGGGACAGAGACUAUAGUCGGCGACGUGGUGGGCCACCAAGACGUGGGAGAGGUGCCAGCCGUGGACGAGAGUGUAUGCAUGGGGCUUUAACAAAACCAGCUGUGGUUCGGGGUCAGGAGAAUGGAUUAGAUGGCACCAAGAGUGGAGGGCCUUCUGGAAGAGGCACAGAAAGAGGCAGAAGAGGUCGUGGACGAGGCAGAGGUGGCUCUGGUAGGCGGGGAGGAAGAUUUUCUGCUCAAGGGAUGGGAACCUUUAACCCAGCUGAUUAUGCAGAGCCAGCCAAUACUGAUGAUAACUAUGGCAAUAAUAGUGGCAGUACGUGGAACAACACCGGCCACUUCGAGCCAGAUGAUGGGACGAGACAUGAUUUCAUUGGGGUUGAGGGGUCAAAUUAUCCCCGAAAAUUUGAGACUGCUCCUGGUGCAUGGAGGACUGCGACAGAGGAGUGGGGAACUGAAGAUUGGAACGAAGAUCUCUCUGAGACCAAGAUCUUCACUGCCUCUAAUGUGUCUUCAGUGCCUCUGCCUGCAGAGAAUGUGACAAUCACUGCUGGUCAGAGAAUUGACCUUGCUGUUCUGUUGGGGAAGACACCGUCAUCCAUGGAGAAUGAUUCAUCUAAUCUGGAUCCAUCUCAGGCUCCUUCUCUUGCCCAGCCUCUGGUGUUUAGUAACUCGAAGCAGAGCACCAUCUCUCAGCCUGCUUCAGGGAACACGUUCUCUCAUCAUAGUAUGGUGAGCAUGUUGGGGAAAGGAUUUGGUGAUGUCGGCGAAGCCAAGGGCGGCAGCACCACAGGCUCCCAGUUCCUGGAGCAGUUCAAGACCGCCCAGGCCCUAGCUCAGCUGGCAGCGCAGCACUCUCAGCCUGGAGCCACCAGCUCCUCCUCAUGGGACAUGAGCUCUGCCACGCAGUCCCCAUCGCUGGUGCAGUAUGAUUUGAAGAACCCAAAUGAUUCAGCAGUGCACAGUCCUUUUACAAAGCGCCAGGCUUUCACCCCGUCUUCAGCCAUGAUGGACGUGUUCCUUCAGGAGAAGCCGCCCGCGGUGGCCACCUCCACAGCCGCACCUCCGCCCCCCUCUUCUCCUCUGCCAAGCAAAUCCACCUCGGCUCCACAAAUGUCUCCUGGGUCUUCAGACAACCAGUCCUCCAGCCCUCAGCCGGCUCAGCAAAAACUGAAACAGCAGAAAAAGAAAGCCUCCUUGACUUCUAAGAUUCCUGCUCUGGCUGUGGAGAUGCCUGGCUCAGCAGAUAUCUCAGGGCUAAACCUGCAGUUCGGGGCUUUGCAGUUUGGGUCAGAGCCUGUCCUUUCUGAUUAUGAGUCCACCCCCACCACGAGCGCCUCUUCAAGCCAGGCUCCAAGCAGCCUCUAUACCAGCACGGCCAGCGAAUCUUCAUCCACAGUUUCAUCUAACCAGAGUCAGGAGUCCGGUUAUCAGAGUGGCCCGAUUCAGUCGACAACCUAUACCUCCCCAAACAAUGCUCAGGGCCCUCUAUACGAACAGAGAUCCACGCAGACUCGGCGGUACCCCAGCUCCAUCUCUUCAUCACCCCAAAAGGACCUGACUCAGGCAAAGAAUGGCUUCAAUUCUGUGCAGGCCACGCAGUUACAGACCACGCAAUCUGUUGAAGGUGCUACAAGCUCUGCAGUGAAAUCGGACUCACCUUCCACAUCUAGCAUCCCCCCUCUCAGUGAAACGGUAUCUGCAGCUUCCUUACUGACGACAACCAGUCAGCACUCGUCCUCCUUGGGUGGUUUGAGCCACAGUGAGGAGAUUCCAAAUACUACCACCACACAACACAGCAGCACGUUAUCUACUCAGCAGAACACCCUUUCGUCGUCAACAUCUUCUGGGCGCAGUUCAACAUCCACUCUUUUGCACACAAGCGUGGAGAGCGAGGCGAACCUCCAUUCUUCCUCCAGCACUUUCUCCACCACAUCCAGCACAGUGUCUGCACCUCCCCCAGUGGUCAGCGUCUCCUCCAGUCUCAGCAGUGGUAGUAGUCUGGGCCUCAGCCUGGGCAGCAACUCCACCGUCACAGCCUCGACGCGAAGCUCCGUCGCUACAACUUCAGGAAAAGCCCCUCCUAAUCUCCCGCCUGGGGUCCCGCCGUUGUUGCCUAAUCCGUAUAUUAUGGCUCCGGGGCUGUUACAUGCCUACCCGCCACAAGUAUAUGGUUAUGAUGACUUGCAGAUGCUUCAGACAAGGUUUCCAUUGGAUUACUACAGCAUCCCGUUUCCCACACCCACCACGCCACUGACUGGGAGGGAUGGUAGCCUGGCCAGCAACCCUUAUUCUGGUGACCUCACAAAGUUCGGCCGUGGGGAUGCCUCCUCCCCGGCCCCGGCCACAACCUUGGCCCAGCCCCAGCAGAACCAGACGCAGACUCACCACACCACGCAGCAGACAUUCCUGAACCCGGCGCUGCCUCCUGGCUACAGUUACACCAGCCUGCCAUACUACACGGGGGUUCCGGGCCUCCCCAGCACCUUCCAGUAUGGGCCUGCGGUGUUCCCUGUGGCUCCUACCUCUUCCAAGCAGCAUGGUGUGAAUGUCAGUGUGAAUGCAUCGGCCACCCCUUUCCAACAGCCAAGUGGAUAUGGGUCUCAUGGCUACAACACUGGUGUGUCAGUCACCUCCAGUAACACGGGCGUGCCAGAUAUCUCGGGUUCUGUGUACUCCAAAACCCAGCAGUCCUUUGAGAAACAAGGUUUUCAUUCCGGUACUCCUGCUGCCUCCUUCAACUUGCCCUCAGCCCUAGGAAGUGGGGGGCCCAUCAAUCCGGCCACAGCUGCUGCCUACCCACCUGCCCCCUUUAUGCACAUCCUCACCCCCCAUCAGCAGCCGCACUCCCAGAUCCUUCACCACCACCUGCAGCAGGAUGGCCAGCUACCAUAUUUGCAGAUGAUUCUCUGUUGCCAGCGCCAGCAGGAGGAGCAGACGGGCAGCGGGCAACGUAGCCAGACCAGCUCCAUCCCGCAGAAGCCCCAGAGCAACAAGUCUGCCUACAACAGCUACAGCUGGGGGGCCAACUGAGGCCCUGACCCUGUCCUCCCGGCCCCAUCUUCUGAGAGGGCUCCUCAGCCUGGCAACUGUGGAAACAGCAUCAAAGAGAAAGGAGUGGGGGGGUUCCGCUGCCCCCCACCCCCAGUGGCCCACCCCAUGCCUCAGCUUCAUGUCUGUCCAUUCCCAUACCAUCCCCACUCUGUUGUAUGUAUUAUAGAAUUUGUAUUUUCUCUUUUUUUUUCCUUCCUCUCCUUCCCCCUUGCAUUCAAGAUUAUGAAACUUUGCUGUGGGCCCUGCCCUUCUUCCUCCUGUUCACCCUGGUGGUGUAUGGGUGAGGUGGGGAGGGGGACCCCCAAAUAUAUAUCAGCCCAACAGCCCUAUGUCUCCUCCUUUAUUAUUAGGAAACAAAACAGCAACAACAAAAAAUGGCGUCAUGAAUAUGAACAGCAUUGUCAGAAUUAGUUGAAGUGCUUUUUUUUUUUUUUGUACUGUGUCCUCAAAUUUAAUGGAUUAAUGUGUCUUGUAUAUAUAAAAAGAAAACCUCUACCUUCA